CGUUGGAUCCCGCAGCAAACUCCUUUGUCUUCUAAGUUAGGCCUAUUUGGCGUAUUUUCUGUUCUCUGAAGCACAAACUGGGCCCGUGACUUAAAGGUCGGCGCAGCUUGACCCGCCUAGUGGAGCAGUCCUGGCAGUACGACCCUCCCCUCCCGACUGCGGUGGUACGGUCUGGAGAGGGCUACUGAGCGGUCGCGGGGGGGGCCGACACCGCCUUUCCCUCCCCUCCGGCUCAGCUCCGGUGGAUCGGUCCGGAAGGUACCAACGUGCGCUGUCGGGGAGCGCUGGGGUUCAGCAGCACUGCCCCCCCGCCCGGCCGCUGUGGUACGGACCAGAAAGUGCCAAUGUGCUCUGCGGCCGCCGGCGGCGCUGUAGUUCAGCUGCAGGUCUCAGCCGGGCGACGGGCGUCCUCGGGGUGGCUAGGAGUCGGCCGUGGCUUCCCGUGCGUCACUUCCGGCCCCCGCCUUGAGUGACGGGGCUUCUGAGCCCCGACUUGCCUGGCUUGCGGACCCCCCCUGGGGGCGUACGACCCUUUGCUGCUCCCUUGGCGUCAAGCUCCUGCGCUCCCGUCCGCGCUGCCCCCGGCUCCGCUGGGCGCUCCUUGGUCCCGGGCCGCGCGGGGAUCCAGCCGACCCCUAUGCCUGGAGCCGACCCGGCACCCCCGUCCCGGACGCGCACGGAGGCCCCGCCGGCGCCGGGGCGCGUGGAGGCGCGCGGCCGGCUGCCCCGCGCGCCGCCCCGGGGCCGCGCCGGCGGGAGACGUGGAUGAGCGCAGGUCCGCGGCCACCCUGCCCACGCCGGGCUGUCCUGGCGGGGCCUCCGUGCGCCAGCCCGGCCGCCCCCUUCCUCGGGAGCCCCGGCCCCGCCACGUUGGGGUUCGUCUGCCUGGAGACCCGGCCUCCGUCCCGCCACGCGGGUCCAGGACACAGGACAAGAACUGCUUUUCUCUGAAGGCGACUUAAAUCUCUGGGUUAAGGACGGACAGACCGUGGAAACCCAGGGGCCAGGACUGGGUUUUAGCCUCUGCAUCCAUGCUCUGCUGGGGCAGGUGCUUUUGGGGAUCGUGUUCAUGUUGGCUGGAGCUGCUGCCUCCUUCUCCACCUGUGUCCCCGCAUCUGUGAAGUGGCUGUGACUCGCGCUGAGCCGUCCUGGCCCCAGCAUGUCGUCUUCUGCAAAGCCCCAAGCACUGGAGGAAACCAUGCCUGGAUGCGAGGAGGAGCCAAAGGGAAGGGGACUUCUCACCUGGGGCUCCCUUUUUGGUCACCAAAGCGAGAAGAUCAUCUUUACCAAGGGUGAGGGCAACCCGGAGGAGAGCCUGCUCACUGUCACCAUCACGGAGACCACCGUCAUCGAGUCGGAUUUGGGCGUGUGGAGCUCACGGGCGCUUAUCUACCUUUCACUGUGGUUCUUCUUCAGCUUCUGCACACUGUUCCUCAACAAGUACAUCCUGUCCCUGCUGGAGGGUGAGCCCAGUAUGCUAGGUGCCGUGCAAAUGCUGUCUACUACAUUAAUCGGAUGUGUUAAGAUAUUUGUCCCUUGCUGUUUAUAUCAGCACAAAACCCGGCACUCUUAUCCACCCAACUUCAUCAUGACCAUGCUCUUUGUGGGUCUAAUGAGGUUUGCGACAGUGGUCUUGGGGCUGGUCAGCCUGAAGAACGUAGCGGUGUCUUUUGCUGAGACAGUGAAGAGUUCUGCACCCAUCUUCACUGUGAUCAUGUCUCGGAUGAUCCUAGGGGAAUACACAGGGCUGCUGGUCAACCUGUCCCUCAUCCCAGUCAUGGGAGGGCUGGCACUGUGCACUGCCACUGAGAUAAGCUUCAACAUCCUGGGGUUUUCAGCCGCAUUAUCCACCAACAUCAUGGACUGUUUGCAGAAUGUCUUUUCAAAAAAGCUUCUCAGCGGGGACAAGUACAGGUUCUCGGCUCCGGAGCUGCAGUUCUACACGAGUGCCGCAGCUAUGGCUAUGCUGAUUCCUGCCUGGAUCUUCUUCAUGGACAUGCCUGUGAUUGGAAGGAGCGGAAAGAGUUUCAACUACAACCAGGACAUCAUGCUGCUGCUCCUGACGGAUGGUGCCCUGUUCCACCUUCAGAGUGUUACUGCUUACGCCCUCAUGGGGAAGAUCUCACCCGUGACUUUCAGCGUUGCCAGCACCGUGAAGCAUGCCUUGUCCAUCUGGCUCAGCAUCAUCGUUUUUGGCAACAAAAUCACCAGCCUGUCAGCCAUUGGCACCAUCCUUGUGACAGUGGGCGUCUUGCUCUACAACAAGGCCAGGCAGCACCAGCAGGAAGCCAUGCAGAGCCUGGCCUCAGCCACCAGUCGGGUCCCAGAGGAUGAAACAGAGCCACUUGUUUCUCAGGAUCCCAGACAGCACCACUGAGUGCAGGCCUCUGACUGCACAGCCACCGCUGGGCUCCUCCUGACACUGUGUCUUCUGGAAACCAGGCCCCCCGGGGCUGCCUUCCUGCAUCACCAGGUGGGCUGGGAGGGGGAUUGUGUGGUGGGGAGGGAGCUCUCCUGCCCUUCAUUGGAAAUCAGGGGUCAGCUUCCACCCAACAGGAAACCACAUCCACUGACUGCUGACCACUUCAGGAGGGAGUGGAGCAGCCCACAGAGCCACUUUGUGCACAUUGUCAGGGCUGCAUUUGAGCCAGGCCCAAGCGCCUCUGCACUGAUGCUGUCUGUGGAGCUGUUGAGGCUCUAGUGCCAACAUAAGCAACUCCCUGCCUCAUGCCAGUUUGAAGACCUCAACUUCCUGCUGCCAGUGCCAUCGCUGAAGCUGCCUGGUCUCUGACCACUGUGAAGAUUGGCUGAAGUGUCCACCUGCAGGCUGAUGUGCUGGGACAGAAGUCUCAGGUGCUCAUGGCCCCAGGCAUGAGAUCGGGCAGAGAGGCUCAGAAACGAGGGUCUCCUACCAAGGGCAGAGGCUUUGGCUCUCUCCCUGCCCUAGAGAUAUUGGUCAUCACCGAGAGUUCUGGGGUCAUUUCCUCCCCCACAGCCUCAGCAUCACACGAUGCUAGAGAGACUUCCUUCUGUGAAGAGAAAGCUGCGCUUCCCAGUCUGAGCUGCACUGAGCCCCACCUCCACAGGUUGCUUUCCAUACUGGAUACUGCCCAUUAGGGAUUUCCUGCCCUGGAGGUUGGGGACAAAUCUCUUCGGUGUCCUUAGGUGGGUGCCCUGGCAUUUCUUUCCUGUCCUGGACCUGAUGAGUGUGACAUGGGCUGUUUAAAGUUCUGCUUGUGCUAAGCCAGUUUCUAAUCUUAUAGCCAGCAGUCCCAAGAUUCCUUGCAGGGAUGAGUUGAGGGGAUGUUUGUCAGAACCUUUGAAGUGUUUAGUUUACACUGCAUUCAAAGUGACACUGGAUGUUAUAGCAAAGCAAGCACCCGUACCUGAAGGUUUCUGGAGUGUGUCUGAGUGUUAGGUGGACCCCAGCCCUGAUAUGCCUGGCCAUCCCUCAGGGGUUCUGAGCCUGCCCCUCCUCAAGGUCACUUGUCCCAGCACUCAGUAAGGAAGCUUGAGGAAUGGAGGAUAACCACACCAGAGUUUGAGCCUCAUGAGGGUGAGGUUCCACUUUAUUCCUCAUUUUUCAGGGUUCUGAUCUGGGGUGCAAUCCUUCAGUCAGUGUUUGAGACCCUUCCAUCACCUUGAACUCUGGGGUUUGUGAGCUGCAGCCACUGGCACUAACUGCUCCUAGUCAGUCUUGUUUCCCUUUCCUGCUCUUUUGGUCUUUGGUACCUGUGAUGGUUCACUGGUUUUCCACUGAGCUUCUCUACUGGAAAAUAGGAAAGUAGCCCCUCUGAGAGAGAAAAUCUCUCAGUACAAAGAGCAAUAAUCAUACCUCAUUCAAAGUUCUAUUGGAAAAGUCUGCCAUGAUGAUGGAUGAGGCCUUUUAACCUAGAAGCCAGCUUUUUAUAGACACAAACUUCCUGUGUGCGGGGACAGGCCAAGUGUGUGCCCCCACCCUAGGUCACUUCCACUGUGAAGAUGUUUUGUUAUGUGACUUUGCCCACGUUACCAUUUCUUUCCUUUCCUCUCUGCUUUCCCCAAAGCUGAAGACAAUGCAGAAGAGAUAGCCAGGUGGUGGUGCUAGACUGAUCCUCAAAGUAGCCUGUCCACUUGAGAAUAUGGCUACCAAGCUGCUGGCGUGAGGAGAAUGGCACAUGCCUGUGGGGGCCAGUCACGGAAGCCUCCUGGUCUUCCUGCAGACCUUGUCUGAGUGCUCAGAAGCCCAGGCGCCUGGCUUCCGAGUAUUGUGGGAUUAGGAAGCGGUCUUUGACUUGCCACUCCCCUCCUGCCUCACAAACAGCUCUCAGCCUGUUUUGAUUUUCUAAAUUUGUGGACCAAAAGCAAAAACAAAGAUUUUCCUAAAUUAUUAGCAAGUGAGGCAAUUUCCUGUAAAUCUGCUUUUGAUACUUUUCCUUGUCCUAUGUGGAAAGAUCACGGCAUCUGUGUUGUGGCCAACGCAGUACCCCUCACCCAGCUUCACAUUCCUUCCCAGUAUCACCACACCUUGCUUGUUGCCUGCCAGCUGCUGCUUCCCACAGCAAUUCAGAAUAGCCCCAGGCUCAGCAUGGCCAUUUGUUACAACUGUACAGACAAUAUGGCUUUUUUAAUCACUUGGUCUAGUACUUUUAUAGGAUAGUAUGUUCUCAAGGAAUCGUCACAGUUGUGUGUGGAAGCACUGACACUAGGUGUCAUUACUUAUGUUGGUUAAUUCCUCCUGUGUCCAUGUCAUUGUGCCUUUGUAAACAAACAGAACACUUGACAGACCGUCCAAGUCCAGCCAUCCACUUACUUACUUAGAGAUAUGUAGGUUUCUAAUUUCAAAAAACCUUCCAUGAGUUCAGGAUACAGCUCACUAGUACAGCACUUGCCUGGCAUGUGCGAGGCCCUGGGUUUGAUUUCCCAGCACUUAAAAAUUCUUCCACACAAUUAAAUGUCAUCAAAAGAUUUUUUUCAUUGUUUUUUUGUUUUGUUUUGUUUUUUAAUUCUAGCUUGGUGACAGUGCCCCAUGCCUGUAAUACCAGGUACUAAGGAGACAGAUAUCAGAGCAAGAUAGAGGUUCAAGGCCAGUCCAGGGAAAAUGAAAGCAAGACCCUAUCUCAAAAAUACCCAACACAGUGGCUCAAGUGGUGAGCACCUGCCUAGCAAGCAUCAGGCCCUGAGUUCAAACUCCAGUACUGCCAAAAAAAAUUCAGAUAGUCAUAAUUUCCUGUGUCAGCAUUAUAAUUUGCCUGCCAAGGAAGUUAACCAUACUCUUGCACAAUCUAAAAUGUGUCUUCAAUUUGAGAAAAAUAAACAUGGUGAAUCAGUUUAAAAAAAAACUGUACAAAGACUGUCAGCCAGUGUACUUUUAAAACCCUUCCACAGUUCAAGUGGUAAAGCUCCUGCUUUGCAAACUUGAAGCCCUGAGUUCAAAUA